CUCACUUUGUUCAUUGCCAUUGUAUGUACAUCUACAAAUACACAUUGAGGAACAAGGAAUAAUCCUCCUUCGUGUAAUUUUUAGAAUAAAAGCAUUGUUAAAUUUACAUGGAUCACGAUGAAAUUACUUGGAAUUGAGACGAAUACGGAACGCAUUCACUGAAAGAAACGUUUAUCUUAUCACUGACUGAACGACCGAAAAACACAAACGAACGUUAUGGAGCAGUGCACAUUGACGGUGCGUAAUAAAAGAGGAGCAUUUGUCACUUCCACGACUUGCUCGUCUUGUGAAAAUCCAUUUCUCUCGUUUUGAAAAAAAACAGUUGCGGUGAACAAUUUACUGAAUAUUCUGUGUAGGUUUUAAUUUAAUUUUAAAAUGGUGAAAGUCAGACUCAAGGGUGGAGAUUUCUCCCACCUUGACGCAACAGUUGACCCGCUGGAAGAACAGAUCCUGAAAUAUUACGAAGUUGAACCAAAUCAAGCCUUUGUGCAUCAAAUGUCCGAGUCGGAUGCGGAGGAGCAAAGUGACGAUAUGGGGAUUAUUACCCUGUUCUGGAAGAGGAUAAAUUCCUGCUAGAGGAGGAAGGGGCCAUCAACGAUCAUAAGUUCGGCGAGGAUUGGAAAGAAUCCGACAAUGAGAAUGACAAUCACGACGGUGAAGAGUUAAAGAAACACAAUAACUCGGACGUAGAAUCCGACGCAGAAGGUGAAGUAUUUUCAGAGAAAGGUAAAUGCAAUUAACUCGUUGAGAAAGGUCUGCAAAAAUCCAUCAUAUAAAUCACAGCAAUGGUCAAAGAUUGCGAGUUACGGAACUCACGGGAAACUGAUAACGUGCCCAGAAUGUAUCAAAAGUGAAAAGUUAGGAUGGAAUUGAAAGGGUAAUUAUUAAAUUUUUAUAAUAGAACAUCUAAUGUAAUGACCAGGUAAAUUUAGUAGAUAGAAUCAUCACUACGAAUAUCUGUACAAAAUGGUUAUUUAUUUAUGAACCAGUACUUAAGAUGAAUGAGAUUUGCCCGAAAUGCAUGACUCAUCGACUGACACACACGUAUUAUACAGUUCAUAGCGUGCUGGAUUCUUUAACGCUUGCCAGAUUUUUUACGUUUUAUUUGCUAACUACUGAUCUCAUACAUAUACAUACAAUCAACACGUUUACUCUGUCAUGCAAUAUCUAAAAGUUAUAAAACAUGUGAUAUUUUGGUGAGCUCAUUUAAUCUCUCUUUACUUUCUUACAAAGUUAGAUUUGUGAACGAUUUUUCUAUUUUCUAAUAAAUAUACAGUUAUUUUCGACAUAAUUUUAUUUUAUUCCACAAUGUCUAAACGUGAAUUAUUAGCAAGUUCCGAGAGUGAUUUUGACCAAGGAUUAGACACAGAAUUUUACCAAGAAGGAUGUUCUCCUAUUAUUGCGUUUAUUGAGCAUGACGAAAAAUUGAUAAGUACAUUAACCGAAUUACGUACCAAAAUCGAAAAUCUUCACGACAAAACGAGAGCCCCAAAGACUGUAGGAACCACAAUCAAUUGUUUGGCCGCUGGUGCUAGUGUCGGUAGUAUUUUGGGUGGUUUGGCCUUAGCCCCUGUCACUGCGGGGAUGUCCCUUGGUCUUGCCGUUGGUGGUUUGGCAGGUGUCCUAGUGGGAACUGGUGUCAACCUUACCACCGACGCAAUCAAGGAAAAGCGAAUGAAAGAAUAUUUAAACGAAUUAAAUCAACUUGGGGAAGACCACGACUCAAAACUCAGACAACUUUUCGAGCAAUUGAAAUCAAGCCAAGAUAACAACGCCCACAAAAUUAUAGAAAUUCUCAUAAAAGAUCACGGAGUUGAUUCCCAGUGUGCAAAAGUGCUCUCGACCCGAGGCAUGCUUGCGGAUGCGGUGACCGUGAGCAGUAAAGUUGGUGCCGUUUUGGACGCGAAGGAAGCUGCCAAACUUGCCGAAGCUUUAGGACACUCGGCCCCACCAGCACCGGCAUCAGCAUCAAUUUCAGCAGCUGCAGCAACGUCCGGAUCAAUUGCUGUGGCAAGAUUGGCCACAGGAAUCGCCAUCACGGGAGCAGUAGCGUCUGUCGGCUUUGCGGUGUGGGACGUGGCCUCGUUAAUAAAACGAUGGGGUGAUAAUCCAACUGCUGACAAGGUGGAAAAACUGAGGAUGGAAAUUGAAAAAGAAAUGAACUGGUUAAAAAGUUUUUUUAAAGUAUGAUAAAUAAGUUAGUGUUGAUAAUAGGGAUAGAAAUUAUUUUAUUAAUUUUCGUGACUAAAUGAGUGAUGGAUAUUUUUACAAUGCAUGAUACCGCAUGCAAUACGGGUUGCACUACAAAUGUAUUUUAGCACAAGUAUACGUACUUAAUUUACAGUAAAAAAUUGUCAUGUUAAAUAAUGUAUAGUUUAUGACGUCUAAAGCCGCACAAAAUGUACAAGUUUAUAGUUUUCUUACAUGCAGACUAACUCAAUAGUGAUACCAAUAGGACUGAUAUAAUCGUUAACUUAUUUACAAAAAUGCAAAUUGUAUUAAUAAAGAAUGAAAGUUGACGGA